GCCAAGGGCGGGGUUGAGGUUUAGCCAUGCGGGGUUAGGGAUUUCCCGGCUCCUUCCCACCCCACCCCCGAACCCGGGAAUCAGCAUUCACACGUUAAUUCAAAGACUGUGGAAGAAAAAUAAAAGGCCUGGUUUCAGGAGAUUAUGUCCGAAGAUUCAGAUAAGGACAAGCAGCACAUAGAACAAAUAACCAGUGAUGAUUACAAUUCGGACGAAGAUCCCUUUAACCCAUUUUUAAGAGAAGAUCUUGAGCAGUGUGCCUUUUUUGCAGAUUCUUUUUAUGAUCAACUUUUGCCACGGACCACACAGAUUUUAUUGGAAUAUAACUCGGGGAAAUGGGUGCCACGACUUCGUGAACCACGAGAUUUAUAUGGCCUGUCUCCUGCAGCUGGACACCUGAAUCUAGUACGCUGGCCCCAUGAGUAUGAAGUUAUCAGAGAGAAAAUUGAGCAUAUUGAGUGGGUUCCCCCUCAGCCGGAGCCACUAUACAGUCCAACAUGUCUGGGGAUUGAGCCUCUUUGCACAGACCCCAGAGAGGGUGCUGUGGUGUAUCUAGCAGAUGGAGCUGAUAAAGAGUCCAGCUUUAUGUAUUCUCGAAUAGGGGGGAGCUUCCCCUCAAAGCACGUGCUUCCUCAAUCCUGGGAUGACUGGGACAAUACUUUGAUCUUUGAAGCACGAUUUGAAAGUGGCAAUCUGCAAAAGGUGGUCAAAAUUAGUGAUUUUGAGUACCAGCUGACACUACGCACUGAUCUCUACACAAAUAAGCACACCCAGUGGUACUACUUCCAGGUCACCAACACCCAAGCAGGAAUGCCCUACCGUUUCACCAUUGUCAACUUCACCAAGCCAACAAGUUUGUAUAAUCGUGGUAUGCGUCCGUUGCUGUAUUCAGAAGCAGAAGCAAAGAUCCACCAAGUGGGGUGGCAAAGGACAGGAGAUGAAAUCAAGUAUUAUAAAAACAAUUUCGGCCAAGGUGGGCGCCAGUAUUUUUCCCUGACAUGGACGUUCCAGUUCCCGCAUGAUAGGGACACCUGCUAUUUUGCCCACUGCUAUCCUUACACUUACAGUAACCUGCAAGACUACCUAGCAACCGUUGUUAGAGACCCAAGGCGGUCCAAGUUCUGCAAGGUCCGCAUCUUGUGCCAUUCUCUGGCUAGGAACAUAGUCUAUGUUCUAACCAUCACUAACCCCUUGCAAGAUUUUCAGGAGGAAAAACGCAAGGCAGCGGUGAUUUUGACUGCCAGGGUGCACCCAGGUGAAACGAAUAGUUCCUGGGUGAUGAAGGGCUUUCUGGAUUACAUUCUAGGGGAUUCAAAGAAUGCCCAGUUGCUUCGGGACACUUUUGUUUUUAAGGUGGUACCAAUGCUGAAUCCAGAUGGCGUUAUUGUAGGUAAUUACCGCUGCUCUUUAGCAGGCAGGGACUUAAACCGCAACUAUAAAUCGGAUCUCAAGGAAUCAUUCCCUCCCAUCUGGUAUACCCGCAGCAUGAUCAAAAGAAUGAUGGGAGAGCGCAAUGUUCUCCUAUAUUGUGACCUUCAUGGUCAUAGCAGGAAAGAGAAUGUCUUCAUGUAUGGCUGUGAAAAACGAGAUCAUCAAGAAGAAGGGGCAGGCUUACGUCAGCGCGUUUUUCCUUUCAUUAUGAGCAAACGUUGUCCCGAUAAAUUCUCGUUCCAAGAUUGCAAUUUCAAGAUACAAAAAGCUAGAGAAGGGACAGGUCGAAUAGUGAUGUGGAAGAUGGGCAUCAGCAACAGCUAUACCUUAGAAGUUACUUUCUGUGGGUCUAAAUUGGGCAGUAGAAAUGGUACCCACUUUAGUACCAAAGAUCUAGAAUCCAUAGGACACCAUUUCUGUGAGUCACUGUUGGACUUCUGCAAUAAAAAGAAGAGUAAGUAUAACGAGUGCCUGAAUGAAUUGGAGGAAAUGCGAAAACAGGGUGUUCUAUCUGCCUCUGUCAAUGACAGAGAUUCCAGCUCUGACAGUUCAGACUCCAAUGAGGUUACCGUUAAACUAGAAGCCCAGGCAAAACCAAGAAAGAAGUAUCUGAAAAUCAAGAAAGAAAGGAGUGCCUUUCUGGUAUCAUCAGGAAGAAGAUUUUCUAAACAUCCCCAUGAAUCAAUUAAUGGAACCAAAAAAUCAGAAGAAUCUUCCCACAGAAUUUCCAAGAGCCAUGAACAAUUUAUUAAAAAUACCCAGGUUUUUCAGAAUCUGAAACCAAUGAAGCUGCAAAACAUGCAAAAGGAAAAAUAUGAAAUUACCAAGCAGACUGUAGAAUCUUUCCCCCGAACACCCAAUGCUAAAAAGGAAUGCUCUGAGCACUUUUGGGAAUGUGCUAAGGAGGAAAAUGGGAAGCUGCCAUACAGAGGUUGGGUCAGCACCAACACCUCCUUCCACUCCAGUCUGAAAGGAAGACGGAGGAGACAUUUUGAGUCAAAAGCCUUAGCAGGGCUUCAUGAACUCCUUAGAGAAACUAACUCAAUUGCAGAAGGUAAACUUCAUGAAAUGUCGUUUGAUUCCCAAACAGAUUCUAUGCAAGAUGAACAAAAUAAAUAUACAGUUCAGUACGUCAGUCAUUACUUUCCUGAACAAGGAUUAAAUAUUGGCUGGGACAUAGCCCAACCUUUGAAGCACAUCAUCUCACAGAGACUUUUUCUGCCUCCUGCCAUCCUUGACCAGAUGUGCAACACACCAGUAAGGCACCAAGGUGCACUCUCAGGUUGCAAACUUCCUAGGGUGGAAAAUAUGAAAAAAGAAGCAAAGAUUCCACAAAGAACCUCUCUGAUACAAGUGGAGGGUCUUCCUAGCUCUCUGGUUCUGUCUCGGGCAACUGCAGAAAAUAACACUGAAAGGGGUUGUGUCACAUUGGAGUUAGGAGAAAAAGAAGUACAAACCAUGGCCCUGACUCAAGACACACAUUUUAAUUCUUUACAUAACAAAGCUACAACUUGGCGAUUAGAGAAGUGUCAAACUGGAAGAGCCACUAGUUGCAGAGAGAAGACAUCUUUACAAGCAAAAGAUUUUCUUGACAACCUGAAACACAAUUUAGAUGACAAAGAAAGGAAAAUAAAGGAGAAAUCACCAGCAAGCAAUGUUAAACCUGACAGAAACAAUGGAGCAAACCAUGAAGGAAGUUUUAGACUCAGUGAGUCCUCUCAUACACAAGAUUUUCUACAACUCUCCUUACCUUUGGUGUCAGAAGGAAAGUAUAGGCAAGUCACUGAAAAAUACCAGAGGAAUGAACAGCAACCUAAGUUGUCCUUAGGUCGGCCUCGACCUCGCUUGGCUACACUAAUGAAUACAAAAGAGAACCACAAGACACUUUUACUGAAACGCUGUGAGGAUGAUGAAGCAUCCACUUCUACAUCUCUACUGCACACUGGGUCAAAAAUGCCAGUGAAAAAGUUACUGUGCCAAAGUGAGAGCAAGUUUUUUUCAAAGAGACGCAAAAGUGAGUGCCUAAAUCACAGGCCUUCGAUGCAAGACCUUUCAGCAACAACUGAGAGAAUUUCCUUUCACGCUUAGAAACAGGUGCCAUUUCUUUUGAGGCAACUAACAAGCCAAUGCAUACCACUGCAAAGGCUCUAUCCAGAUGUACAACCUGCAAUGAUAUCUUCAGAAAUUAUUGCUUCAGUUCCUUGGAUGUGGUGCUGAGAAAAUGCAAAAAAAAAAAAGUAUCUUCAUUGUAGAGCACUUGUGCCAUGCGCAGGCUUGGAACACAGGAAACAAAAAUAUGCUGGAACAUCACCCAUGGGGCUUCUGUGACAGAUAAAAACAGAACCAAAAUAUGAACUAGUUUGUUUAUGUUUAUUGCUGGCAAAUUUUACAGGGAAGCAAAUCUAGUCAUUUUACUUUUGAAUUUCACUUGCUUUAAAACUGAUGCUAUUUUAACAAAAUGAUUAACUGAAAAAGGAGGGUUGGGGUACUGUUUCUCAGUACUAAAACCUAUUAGACAAAUUAAAAAAUCAUAGUGGGGAUCAUAAUCCAAUCUUGCCUUAGAUCUAAAAAGAGAAAUAACAAAUAAUCCACAGGAAUUGCUUUUCUACACUUAAUCAAAAUGAUAUUAAAUUGGAGGUUCCAGUCAAGCACUGUAUUAUCCAGCAAUCCUCUUACUAAUGGCCAAGAUCUGCCUAUAGUAUCUACUAACAAGUGAGUCCCUUUUAGCAAAGGUUCCAGACAUGUUAAUUAAAAGUUUCCUUCUUGUAGGUUCAGCCAUUUUAUUGGUUCCUGAUGGGUAUGGGUGGAUAAGUAGCCCUUUAACUUUGAUACAUAGGGUACAUUCCCAUUAGUUGCUUGAAAUGCAGCAAGCUGCAUUCACACGAAGUUAUUCACACUAGAGCGGGAAGAUGUCAUCCCCUGACACGCAGGACCUUUUUGGUUUACCCACCCCUGCAACCCCCCUGGAACUCCUGUUCAUUAAGCCAUCAUCUGUAUCUGUGUGUUUAUCUGCACCUGAGCAACAGCGGCUAGGGUAGGUUCACAUUACUGUUUACUCAACACCCCAUUUUCUAAUCAGAUUGAAGCUGGUUUAAGGGGGAAAACACAUCAAACAGCAUUUUCUUGACAGUAUUUGUUAAGAAACUACAGGAUCAAUUUGCAUUGUGGCUUAAGUUGUGAAUGCAGCUUCAAAAAUUAGUGGGAGAACACUGAAUAAGUAAGCGGUAAUGUGAGUUCUGUAUACCCUUAUUUUCUGU